UAUUCAUCUUCCGUUUUCCCCGCUAGGAAUUGUUUCUGCAUGUAUCAUAAACCAUUUCGUUUUCACCCGGGAGCAUUUUACACGCAGGGGCAUAAAGUCAUACCUAAGUACCACGUUAAAUACCCUUAGACUCGUCGGGGCGGAUUCGGCUGCAUUUUGAGGAUGGCGGAGGGCAGCGGCAACGCGGUAAAUCUGCCUCCGGGAGACCCGCAACUUAUAGGCCUAAUCGUGGAGCACCUGAAGAGCCAGGGGCUCUUCGACGAGUUUCGGAGAGACUGUAUGGCAGACGUGGACACAAAGCCGGCGUACCAGAACCUGCGGCAGAAGGUGGACAACUUCGUGUCGAAUCACCUGAGCACACAGGAGUGGAGCCCGGCCAUCAACAAGAACCAGAUGCGCAACGGACUGCGGCACAGCGUCGUGCAGUCCGGCAUGCUGGAGUCGGGCGUGGACAGAAUCAUCACACAGGUGGUGGAUCCUAAGCUGAACCACACUUUCAGGCCCCACAUCGAAAACGCCAUCCACGAGUUCCUGGCCGCUGAGACGAAGGAUGAGGCCGCGGCAAACCCCGGCCCUGAGGCAGAACAGCAGGACGCCGUCGGCACUGUGCCCCAGACACCGUGACUCUGGGGGUCUGGAGUGACCCCUAAAGGGCUUAUCCUGGGUGACGGAUUGGAGCUUUGGCGCUUUAUGAGCAUGGUUGACUAGUGCGUCGGGCCACAGAGAGGUGAAGCUGAUUACCGUAAGCACUCGGGGGGCCAAAGAAUGAGCGCAAAACGUUUUAAAGACAUCAUUGGUGGUACUGAAAAUGCACCUCAGGUAGGGCGUCGUUAACACAUGAUAGCACAGCUGGUUUGAUACAGCUAUAGUAGUGGCUGCUCACACACGCAAAUACAAUUACUCCGGCUAACGAGGGCAGAUUAGGGUCUUUAGUGCAUUUCGCCAGGUGUGGCACCUCGAGCCACUUCACAGAAGAUCGAUUUAAAAAUGUGUAGUAUGGAAUUUUAAGGUCGCCGCAUUAAAAUUCCAUGUUAAGCAUUUUUAAACUGUCCUGUCUUUCAUUUUGGAAUUGAAUUGAUAAAAGCAGACAGAAAUAUUAAUGCAAAGUAAAAGGAAAAUCCACUAAAUGUGGCUAAUGUGCUGUACCUCCAGGCACUGGGUAAAAAUGAGCCGAACACCUUCAUCCUGUCAAAGGGUCACCUUUAGCGCCACGCACGCAUAAAUUUAGUAACACAGAUGCAUUAAUUCUAGAAGUAUAGCAUUGAUUCCUCUCCAUUUUUAAUGAGGUUUUAAACAUUUUUUGACUUGAGUGAAACCAUUUUAUCGCAAUUAUGGUAUUUGUGUUUUAUAUAUAUGAUUUUGCUGCACCCCGAUUAUGUCAUUAAAGGCUACUUGCAUAAAUCUUUGGAGAUCACCGGCGAGUCAUAAGGGACUCCCUUGGUGAUGUAAGCCUGGAAGGAAGCUAGUUAGUAAAUAUGAGUCAAAAAGGUACGUCGCAGGUGCACUGAUUGCAAAGAAGAACUGUAGCAUCCCCAAUGCAGGAGGUGCCGUUAGCAUCCCCAAUGCAGGAGGUGCCGUUAGCAUCCCCAAUGCAGGAGGUGCCGUUAGCAUCCUCAAUGCUAAUGCAAACCUGCCUCCCAAUGGAGUCAUGCAACAUUUUUAAAUGAUACUUCUAAACUGCUGUUAAUCCACAUUUACAUGGUGAUGUCAUGGCCUCCAUUAAGCUACUGAAUGAUGCUCUUUUUAAAUGAUUUUAUAUUUCCGUUUUAGUUGUUUGUAUUUUGGGUUGGGACACUUAUUUUGAAUCUUAGACCUUUUUUGUUUUUUUUUUUUUUUUGUUUUUUUUUUU